AAAUCAUAUUUUGCUGCUCCUCAAACUGUAAUAAUCAAUCCUGGUAUCCUCCUCCUGCUGUCCUCAGGGACUCGGGUCUACAGUCCUCCUGAGUGGAUCCUGUCUCAGUCCUACGAGGCCGUCCCCCUCACUGUCUGGUCUCUGGGCGUCCUGCUCUUCGACAUGGUCUGCGGGGACAUCCCGUUCGAGCGUGACCACGAGAUUGUUGGGGCCACGCCCGUUUUCACCAGACGGGUCUCUAAAGAAUGCCAGUCUCUGAUUCGCUGGUGCUUGUCCUACCGUCCAGAGGAGCGUCCCACUUUGGAGGACAUCCUGUCUCACUCUUGGAUGGACAGGGCAGAGGGGGAGGACGAGGGGGGAGACCUGCAGGAGGACAGCAGCUCUCUGCCCAGUCAGUCCCUGUAACACACCACCCCGAGUCCACAGGGACGGACGCGCGGCGUCCUCGGGCCUGUGGGCGAAUAAGCAUAAAAACUGAAUGUUGAGCUCUUCUUCUGUGGUGUGUGGACGUCCCUCUGAGGGGACAGUGGAUGAUGUGAGACGGUCUGUCUCUCAGCCAGCAGGACAACAGGGUCAAACACUGGACUUUAAAGGAGCAGCUGAAUGUUUUAACCCUUUAAUGACGUUUCUUUGGGGUUAAAACCUGAAAAAAGCUGCUGUGGUCCUCGGACAGACAAAAGUAUUUAUUUUUGUUUAUUUUCAUUUAUCUGUUGAAGACAGCGGGUUCGGCAGCAGAAUGACUUCCUGUUUAGUUAUUUAUUGACUAUUUAUGUUUUGUUUUGGACCCUUUUUUUCUGUAUCAGAGAACAAACUGCAGUAAUUAUCUUUCUAUUUUACGGCUCCGUCACAAAUGUUUCGACAUGAAGAAACGUGUAAAAUAUCGUGUGAGCGUUCAGAGAAUCUGGAACAGAAAACGUUUUUCAGCUCGCAGCUCAAAUUUCACUGAAAAGUCAUCAAACAGGAAGUUAGUUUUACUUCACGGUAAAGUCCGGAUCGUAAUUUAAUGUCAGAGCAGAUAUUUAUUUUCAUUUUUUCAGUUUCAGAUGAAAAGCGGUGACGUGAUGUCACUAAACGCUGGCGUGUUAUUGGCUGGUUCACGAUCACAGUGACUCGUUGGUCACUUGUUUCUGUUUAUUUACAUUAAAUAAGAAUUUAUGGAUCAAAAAAACCAAAAGAUCCAACGUUUGAAUAAAACAG